AUGACCGCUAUUGAGGAGAUGGCUGGCAUGGACAUUCUGUGCAGUGACAAGACUGGUACACUGACGCUCAACAAGCUGACCGUUGACAAGUCAAUUAUCGAGGUCUAUUCCAAGGACGCGGAUCAAGACCUUGUUCUCCUGCUGGCUGCGCGUGCUGCUCGCACAGAGAACCAAGACGCCAUUGACGCUUGCAUUGUGGGAAUGCUUGCUGACCCCAAGGAGGCUCGGGAGGGUAUCACGGAGGUCCACUUUUUCCCCUUCAACCCUGUGGACAAGCGCACGCAAAUCACCUACACGACGCCUGAUGGCAAAAUGUACAGGGCGUCGAAGGGUGCGCCUGAGCAGAUCCUCGACCUCGCCUAUAACAAGAAUGAGAUCGCUGCUCGCGUGCAUGCCACAAUUGCUGGGUUCGCUGAACGUGGUCUUCGGUCUCUCGGCGUUGCUCGCCAGGAAGUCCCUGAAGGCGUCAAGGACGCGGCUGGUGGUCCGUGGGAGAUGGUAGGCCUCCUUCCAUUGUUCGACCCUCCUCGCCAUGACAGUGCAGAGACCAUCAAAGAGGCCCUGAAGCUUGGCGUGAACGUGAAGAUGAUCACUGGUGAUCAGCUCGCCAUUGGCAAGGAGACAGGCCGGCGUCUAGGCAUGGGAACGAACAUGUACCCAUCCUCUGCGCUUCUGGGCCAAGGAAAGGAUGCCUCCUUGAUUGGCGUCGACGUGGCAGACCUUAUUGAGAAGGCCGACGGGUUUGCCGGCGUCUUCCCAGAGCACAAGUAUGAGAUUGUGAACCAGCUGCAAAAGAAGAAGCACAUCGUGGGCAUGACUGGUGACGGUGUGAACGACGCCCCUGCUCUCAAGAAGGCAGACAUCGGUAUUGCCGUGGACGACUCCACAGAUGCUGCUCGAAGUGCUUCGGAUAUUGUCCUCACGGAGCCUGGUCUCAGCGUUAUCAUCCAUGCGGUUCUCACCAGCCGUUGCAUCUUCCAGCGCAUGAAGAACUACACCAUCUAUGCCAUCUCCAUCACCAUCCGUAUUGUGCUUGGCUUCAUGCUCAUCGCUCUCAUCUGGAAGUUCGACUUCGCCCCCUUCAUGGUUCUUAUCAUCGCCAUCCUCAAUGACGGCACCAUCAUGACCAUCUCCAAGGAUAGGGUCCUUCCGUCGCCAACCCCGGACAGCUGGAAGCUCUCGGAAAUCUUUUGCCAGGGCGUGGCGUUUGGGUCCUACCUAGGAAUUAUGAGUGUUGUCUUCUUCUGGGCUGCCUACGAAACAAACUUCUUUGAGCGAACCUUUGGUGUGGAGUCUCUUCAGAAACCCCCCAAUGCUGAUCCCAACGGGGAACUCACUGAGUCACAGAUGAAGCUCAUGUCUGCGCUCUACCUGCAAGUCUCCAUCAUCUCCCAGGCGCUCAUCUUUGUCACUCGCUCCCAGAGCUUCUCCUUCCUCGAACGCCCUGGCCUUCUGCUCAUGGUGGCCUUCGUUGUCGCUCAGCUGAUUGCCACCUUCCUUGCAGUGUAUGCCAACUGGGGCUUCACUUACAUCAUGGGAUGCGGCUGGGGAUGGGCCGGUAUCGUCUGGCUCUACAGCCUGGUGACAUACAUCCCUCUGGACUUCAUCAAAUUUGCCGUCUCCUACAUGCUCUCUGGCAAGGCCUGGGAUCUGCUUACAGAGAACAGGGUCACGUUCACCAAGAAGGCCAACUUUGGUAUCGAGGAGAGGCAGGCACGGUGGGCCACGGCACAGCGAACCCUCACUGGGCUCCAGACCGUUGCUGCUGACGAGGCUCCCACGGUCCUGGCUGUGCUCGGCACUGCUGGUGGAGCUGAUGCAGCUGAGGCUGCUCGCCGUCGUGCAGAAAUCGCCAGGCUGCGGGAGGGUUUGACGCUCAAGGGUCAUGUGGACAACAUUGUGAAGCUCAAGAACAUCGACGUGGAUACCAUCCAGCAAUCCUACACUGUCUAA